UCAGCGGUUCGCAGUUCCGGGCACGGUGUGUUCACGCGCCGAUCAGACAGUGAAGAUGGGCAAGAAGAAUAAAAAAGAGAAAAAGGUGAAAGGUGCGGAAAAGACAGCGGCGAAAAUGGAGAAGAAGGUGUCUAAGAGGGCAAAACGGGAAGAGGAGGAUCUGGAAGCUCUAAUUGCAGAGUUCCAGUCGCUGGAUGCAAAGAAGACGCAGGUGGUGGAAACGGAGUGCGCGCCACCAUCGCCCAGAUUGAACGCAUCGCUGUCAGCCCAUCCAGAGAAGGACGAGCUGGUCCUGUUUGGGGGCGAAUACUUCAAUGGGAAAAAGACCUAUGUGUACAAUGACCUCUUCUUCUACAACAUCAAGAAAAACACCUGGGUGAGGUCUGAGAUACCCAACCCUCCUCCACGCCGGUGUGCCCACCAGGCAGUGGUAGUUCCACAGGCCGGGGGACAGCUGUGGGUGUUUGGGGGUGAGUUUGCAUCACCCGAUGGAGAUCAGUUCUACCACUACAAAGAUCUGUGGGUCCUUCACUUGGGCUCACGCACCUGGGAACAAAUCAAGGCGAGUGGCGCCCCCUCUGGCCGCAGUGGACAUCGCAUGGUGUUGUGCAAGAGGCAGCUACUGGUGUUCGGAGGCUUCCACGAAAGUGCCCGGGAUUAUAUCUACUACAACGAUGUCCACGCCUUCAACUUGGACACGUUCACAUGGAGCCGUCUGACCCCUUCGGGUUCCGUGCCCUCUCCUCGCUCUGCCUGUCAGAUGACCCUAGCAGGCGAUGGCAAUGGCAUCAUCAUCUAUGGGGGGUAUUCAAAAGUGAAAGCAAAGAAGGAUGUAGACAAAGGCACCAUUCACUCUGACAUGUUCCUCUUAAGGAGCGAGGGCAAGGAGAACCAAGAGAAGUGGUCAUGGUCCCGUCUGAACCCGUCAGGGGUGAAGCCACACCCGCGUUCAGGGUUUUCUGUGGCUGCUGCCCCUGGGAACCGGGUUGUGCUCUUUGGGGGGGUGUGCGAUGAAGAGGAGGAGGAGACGCUGGAGGGCGAUUUCUACAAUGACCUCUACCUGUAUGACUCUGGCAAGAACCGCUGGUUUCCUGUACAGCUUAAGGGUGCCAAGCUGGAAAAGAAGAGGUGUCGUAGGAGGAGAAAGGAAGGGACAGCUGAGGGCCAAGGAGAUGAGGAGUGUAAGGAGGAAACACAAGUAGUACAAGAUCCAGUGGAGGUUGUGAAGGAGAUUGUGACAGAGGAUGGUACAGUGAUGACGAUCAAGGAGGUCGUUCCCGUGCCCUUGGUGGAGGAUAAAAGCGAAGAAGAGGAGGAAGAGGAGGAAGCUGUGGCUGCAGCACCACUGGUGGAACCCUGUCCUCGCUCCAGUGCCAUGGCUGCAGUCAAGCAUGGAAAGCUGUAUCUCUACGGUGGCAUGUUUGAAGUUGGUGACCGCCAGUUCACACUCAGUGACUUCUACAGUCUCGACCUACACAAGGUGGACCUUUGGGAAGUGCUGGUGGAAAUGGACCCUAAGACACAGGAGUGGCUAGAAGAAUCGGAGUCUGAGUCAGGGGAGGAAGAGGAUGAUUCUGGUGGAGACGAAGAGUCUGAAGACGACGAAGAUGAAGAAGAAGAGGAGCAUCCCCCGGUGAAGGCUGGCGAGACAUUAACAGACUUCCAGGCCAGAACCGAGCAGUAUUGGACAGGUCUUGCAAGGGCCAACAUGGGCCCAGAUGCUAAAGAGAGGAAGGUGAUGAAGGUGGGCCAAGCUAUGGCCAAGGUCUUCUAUGAAGAGCAGGUGGGGGUGAGCCAGUCCUGAUCCUCUGAUGUGAUGUGGAUAUGUGAGAGUGGGUGGUUGUGUCCUUGUGUAUUUCUCCAUAUGUGGAUAGCUGUAUACAGUAUGUACUUGUACAUAUGCAGGCAUGUGUGUUCCAGUUAGUGGUAAAACACAGUGCCUUUUCUAAGUGCAUCGAAUAUAUUAAUAUCUGGAAACAUGCUACCUUAUAUACACCAUGGUACAUCAUACUUCUUAUUUUCUGUACAAUAAAGCUUUUUUAUGGCUGGAUCCUGGUAUUGUGCUUGUCUUUCUCUAGUGUUUGUGCAACAAUGUGUGCUGUUGUGGCAAAUAAGCGGGUACACAGUGUCACAGACUUAAGUUUGUGAGCUCCUUGUGUCCUUUCACUCAGCUGUUUCCUCAACUAAAACUAAUUUCUUCUGUAAUGAACUACACUGCUUUUUCUUCCCUUCUCACCUCAUCUUCUCUAGCUCAGAAUGUGUUUCUUGAUGGAUAUCAGUCUGGAUUCAAGAUCAGCUAUUCUAAUAAGACUGCCCUCCUUGCAGUGUCAGAAGCUUUUCAGUUGGCUAGAACCAUCUCGCUUUUCUCAGUCCUCAUUCUCCUUGACCUCUCUUCAGCAUAUGACACCGUCAGUCAAUAGAUCCAACUUGCCUUUGUAGAACAGCUUGGAACCAAAGAAUUGCCCUGGAAAUAGUUUGCUACCUAUCGGGUAGAUAUUCCCAGGUGGUUUGGCAUAGCUGUCUGUCUUCUCCUUGGUCUGUCAUCUGGUGUUCCACAUGGCUUGGUACUGGACCCCUCACUCCUCUGCAUCACCACUCCUUUUCUUGGCUCUGUCAUUGCUUCUCAUGGAUUCAUGUUUCAUAGCUGUGCUCAUAAUCAGCUCUUCUUUAUCCCCCCCCAACUG